AUGAAUGACGGUACACUCGUCAUUCGUGGAGAGAAGGUCCCGUCGCGAAAUGUAGGCGGUGUUGGUUUUGUCAUGCACCCAUCUGUCGUCCAUCUUGUCGAUUCUCGCGAGAUCCUGUCACCUCGUCUGGUCAUUCUUCGCCUCCGCCCUCUGCGCCAAAAACACAUCAGUAUCAUCAGCUGCUACUCACCAACAGCAGCAGCUGACGAAUCUACAUUGGGCGCGUUUUACGAGGAGCUGGAGGAAGUAGUCCGCAACGAGAAGUCCUUCUACAAAUUCGUUGUCGUAGACAUCAACGCAAAACUAGGAAAGGCCACAGAAGAGGAAUACAGGAUUGGAAGAUUUGGACUAGGGGUCCGGAAUGAAAAUGGCAAUCGUCUCGCCGGGCUGUUGUCCACCGCUCACCUCUUUCAUGGGAACUCUCUUUUCAUGAAAAAAAGAUCAUCGUCGGUGGACAUGGGAAUCGCCCAAUGGCGCGACUCGUGCGGAGAUCGACCACAUACUCACCAACCGGGGUCGCACGUCUUCUCGUCGCGAGAUGGAAAUCAUUACGGAGAGGUUCUACUCGAACCUUUUCCGUUCAUCAACUCCUGCGUAAAGCCCGAUCAUCCCAACUGA